UGACGAGGUGGGACGGAGUUGAGUUGCCCGAAACAAUGAUUCAGCGUAGGAGGAUGUGGUAUUUUUGUCUCGAGCAUUAUGUCCAUUGGAAGGAAGCUGUACCUUUUUACGCCCUUUCGGUUAAGAUGAUGAAUCUUCUCAUCGUCUUUCACGAUCUUUGGGGAAUGCAUGUGGACGGCAUGAGCAACCAGGAGAAGAAGGACUUUGGAGUCUUGCAUGAUAAUCUUUAUAGGUUUGCAACUGUCUUUAUUAAGCCGGUCGAGGGAGCCAACGAUCCUACCUGGCAGGAUAAUGAGUGCAUGUACUGCUUCAGCAAAAACGCUGCCACUAGGAUCUGCAACGAAGAACGCGGACGAAACAUCUGGAUGUGGCUCACGCAACUCGCCGGUAUCGCUGGAUACGGCAAAUACUAUGCUGCCGUCAUGAAGAUCAUGACCGACGGAAAGGAUCCUGAUUAUGUCAACCAGCUAUUCGAAACGCACUUCUGGAGCCCGAGAACCUGUUCAUUGAUGACCGGUCUUAAGCGGAUCAAGGAUGCUAUGAAGAAGCAUGCUGGCCCUGGUGAGAGGAUGGGCCUUGGUAUCAAGAAGAUGGGCGCAUUUAAGCAUUCUUAAGUUCCUGCGCACACCACCGUCUUUCCUUCGGG